AUGAAUUUUAUUGCUCCACUGCUCUGCGGAGAUAUUCAUGUCGCCCACUGGCAAGGACCUUCACCCAAUUCGAAGAAGGAAAAUCUUCUGUCGACCAUCAUGAAAGGAUCUUCCUAUCGUUAUAUUCAGGAGAAGGAGACAUUGCCCCAUAAACAAACAAGAGAAAAGUCGUUUAUCAUUGUGGCGGAUCAGGAAGUACCGCCUGAAAUUGACACCCAACGCAGAAUGAGCUCAGACAUCGAUUCAGAAAGCGAAAACAGCGAAAGGGAACUUGAGCCAUGCUACUAG